AUGAUUUCAACAAUCGGCACAACAACAAUUCAAACAACAACUUCACCAAACUCUUUAGUUAUGAAUCCUACGUCAAUGUUAGUAGAGAUGAAAAGCUUCAUUCCUUCUUCAUAUACUUUCGAAACAAAAAUCCAGAAGAUAAAGCAAGAACUUUUAACAAGUAAUUUAGACUGUAGUGCGAAAGAUGAAACAAAUGAACAGUAUCUUUAUGAAAUGCAGGACAUUAUUGACCAUUUACCCAAAUUGCCUGAAAUUCAGCAACAAAAACUCACUAUUCCUGAAUUCGAUGAAAUAGAAGUCAAAGCAACUGACUCAGUAGAAAUAAAGAAGUUCAUACGAAAGGUAAAUUAUGAAUUCCUUGGUUUUCAUUGCAACCAUAAGGUUAUGGACAAAGAUUGCGACAUGUUAUAUAAGAACAUCUCUGACAUAUAUAAAUCUGGGGAGUUUAAGACCUACGACAACUUUGUUUCGUUAGUUGCUGAAUGUGUAUGGCAGAUAAGAGAUAAAGAUAGAAGAGGUAAGGUAUGGAAUGAACAGAUAAAACCAACUGCUUCAGAUUUAAAGAAAACCAUUGACGCCUUAGUUGUUCUAGCAG